GAGACGUACGUCCUUCGUUUUCAGUAGCAGACGGCACGUUGAACGCAUGCGUUCUGAGGAAAGCUAAGACCAGGGUCUGCUGGCGGGUCUCGUCGAAGACAUGGAGCAAGGCUACGGAGGCUAUGGAACGUGGAGUGCUGGACCUGCCAACACUCAGGGUACAUAUGGAAGCGGUGUGGCCAGCUGGCAAGGUUAUGAGAGCUACAACUACUACAGCGCCCAGAACACCAGUGUCUCUGCAGGAGCACCUUAUAGUUAUGGCCCAGCCUCAUGGGAGGCCGCCAAGGCCAGUGACAGUGGCCUGGCAGCUGGGAGCCCUGCCAUGCACAUGGCCUCUUUUGCCCCAGAGCCAUGUCCUGACAAUUCUGACUCGCUCAUUGCCAAGAUCAACCAACGUUUGGACAUGUUGUCCAAGGAAGGAGGCAGGGGUGGGACCAGCAGCAGUGGGGAGGGCAUGCAGGACCGAGACAGCUCCUUCCGCUUCCAGCCGUAUGAGCCCUAUGACUCCAGGCCCUGUUUGCCUGAGCAUAAUCCCUAUCGCCCUAGCUACAGCUAUGAUUAUGACUUUGACUUGGGGGCUGACCGAAAUGGUAGCUUUGGUGGGACAUUCAAUGACUGUCGGGACCCAACACCAGAACGGGGCUCCCUUGAUGGCUUCAUGAGGGGCCGGGGCCAGGGCCAGGGCCGCUUCCAGGACCGGAGCAACUCCAGCACCUUCAUACGUAGUGACCCCUUCAUGCCACCCUCAGCCUCCUCAGAGCCCCUACCCACUACCUGGAAUGAACUGAACUACAUGGGUGGACGUGGUCUAGGUGGGCCCUCCACCAACAGGCCACCUCCGUCCCUCUUCUCCCAGUCCAUGGCCCCUGACUACAACAUGAUGGGCAUGCAGGGGGUGGGCGGCUUUGGUAGCGCCAUGCCUUAUGGAUGUGGCCGGUCCCAGACUCGGAUACGAGAUUGGCCCAGAAGGAGAGGGUUUGAGCGCUUUGGACCAGACAACAUGGGCAGGAAGCGGAAGCAGUUUCCAUUGUAUGAAGAACCUGAUGCCAAACUGGCCCGUGCUGACAGUGAAGGAGAUUUAUCUGAAAACGAUGAUGGAGCUGGUGACCUACGGUCAGGGGAUGAAGAAUUCAGGGGGGAGGAUGAAUUCUCUGACUCCAGAAAGCAGAGAGGAGAAAAGGAGGAUGAGGACGAGGAUGUGAAGAAGAGACGGGAGAAGCAAAGGAGGAGAGACAGGAUGCGGGACCGAGCAGCUGACAGGAUUCAGUUUGCCUGUUCUGUAUGCAAGUUUCGUAGCUUUGAAGAUGAAGAAAUCCAAAAGCAUCUGCAAAGCAAAUUUCACAAAGAGACUCUGCGGUUUAUAAGUACCAAACUGCCCGACAAGACAGUGGAGUUCCUCCAGGAGUACAUCAUAAACAGGAAUAAGAAAAUUGAGAAGCGGCGUCAGGAAUUGUUGGAAAAGGAAAGCCCUAAACCUAAACCAGAUCCAUUCAAAGGGAUUGGCCAGGAGCAUUUCUUUAAGAAGAUUGAAGCCGCACACUGCCUGGCCUGUGACAUGCUGAUUCCUGCACAGCACCAGCUCCUCCAGCGGCAUCUGCACUCUGUGGACCAUAACCAUAACCGAAGGUUGGCUGCUGAGCAGUUCAAGAAAACAAGUCUCCAUGUGGCUAAGAGUGUUUUAAACAACAAACAUAUAGUGAAGAUGCUGGAAAAAUACCUCAAGGGUGAGGAUCCUUUUGCCAAUGAAACAGUUGAUCUUGAGACAGAAGGAGAUGAAAAUGUAGGAGGAGAGGAGAAGGAGGAGACACCAGAGGAGGUCGCUGCAGAAGUCUUGGCAGAGGUGAUUACAGCAGCGGUGAGAGCUGUGGAGGGGGAAGGCGAGCCAGCUGCAGAGCAUAAUGAAGUUCCAGCUGAAGUAGAAGGCUCUGGGGACACAGCGGAGACCAGUAGUGACCCGCACACGGAAAAGCUGCUGGAAGAGCAGACCUGUGAAACAGCAUCUGAAAAUAGGAACACCGAAGACAAGGUCCGAAGUGAGGCCGCUCAGGGCAGAAGUGAAGCGGUCAUGGCAGCAGCAGAAGCAGAGAGCACCAUACCUGUUACAGCUAUCCCAGGAAUCCUGGACGAUGAAGUGGGACAAAUUGAUGCAGACUCUAAAGAUACUCCCACAGAAUGACCUUUUCUUCCCUGUUUCAAGGGAUGUGUUAUCUCUUUGUUUUAUAAGCAGUACUAAGUGUAUGUUAUUUGCUGGAAAGACUCGGCCAUUUCCUUCCCAAUGUACCUCAAGGGCUGAUGCUAUACAGUGGAUGGCUUCCCACCUCUGUUAGAAUACAAAGAGGUAAACACAGUUUCCCAAGUGGCCUUUGAUGGCUCUCUGUGCGCUGCAGUUAGAAUAAUAAAAGUAGAUCUUCCUAAUACCUGGUAAAUAUGGCAACUGACAGAAUGUGGGGUUUUGUUUUCUAUUGUUUGGUUGGUUGUUUUUGGCUUGGGAAGCAGCUUGAUAGGACGGUAACUUGCUCAAGUUGUUUAAUUAUUUAAGAGGAUUCCCUUACCCUCAUGGCAUGUAGUGUGGGACAUUACAGUUCAACCAUCCAUGUGGGUGAGAGUGAGAUUGUACCCCCACCCCAUCUGUCCUCCUAAGAUGUCCUGCCUAAGAUCAGACAAAAAAUUUAUUUGGGUCUUUAUUUUAGCUUUGGCAUUGAGAUAGCAUAUUGCUUGGCCCACGCUGGCCUUCGAACUCAAUCCUCCUGUCUCAGACUCUGGAGAACUGGGACCAUGUGUAUACAGCCGUGCUCAGCUGGGCUUUGGGUGUUUUUUUAUAAUCCACUGUAUUUCUAUGUUCCUCACCAGAGGCGGCAGCAUCCUGUUGGCAUUGGGUGUCUGCCAUGUCACAGCGAUGACCUUGGCCUGUGCGUGCAGUCUGAGAAAGUCCCUCGAGCUGUUCCGUAGGAAGCUUUCUUACCUGAGCCUCUAGAAGGAGGACACUGCCAAGGGCAUUGGUUCUCGCUGUUCGGUCUUGCUAAUCAGUUUCAUGUCUUUUUGCUAAUCAGUUUCAUGUCUUGCCUCUUUGUGUUCCACCUCUCCAUUGCAGCAUUUUUGUGUUUUUGUUGUUGCUCUUAACUCCGUUAUUCCCACCAAAAAGUAAACACAUGAAAUUAUUUCAUUGAUGGAAAGCAAAUUUCCAUAGAUGGGAUCUAUCUGUAAAAAGCUAAUACAGUUAGUGAAUAUGUUUUCAAUUUAAGCAAAUAAAUAGUAUUUCUUUGGCAGUUCUGAAUCUGAGAAAGGGAGGCUUAGCAUGUCUUUAAGGUAGCAUGUACCAGGUUUUAUAGAAUCAGAAUGAUGAUUUUUGUUUUCCCUUUUGAAAUUACAAUACUGUGUUCAUCCUUGACGGUACACAGCUCACAUCUUGGAAACAGCCAGUGGGGAAUUAUUAAUUACAAAAGAGGCAAUAAAAUACUGCAGCAGUUCCAUCAGCACUUCUGUCAAGGAGCAUUACUGGGAUAUGAGAUGAACUUUAAUGGGAAUAUCAAUGUCAAAACUUAAUAAGCAAUAAAGUGAUACCACUGAA